AAACUUGCGAAAAACAAGAGAUGUGGGACUAAAACCCAACCUGCGUUUUGUUGGCACCGCCAAUAGACCUACGGGCGCUACGGCAUAUCAUGACUCGAUCUGCUGCGGCGCCCGCGCUCUCCCUGGUUUAUCCUUCUCUGGCCUCCACUCCUCUGCCCUCCAAAGGCAAAGGGCUCUUCAGAGCAUCUUCCCUCCCCUCGCCCAAGCCACGGACCAAACGCCCCAAUUAUCUCCGCCUCAAGACCCUAAUUCCCAAUCCCCAGCCACUCCAAACCCCUCCUCCACCGCCGCUGCAGACCCAUGAGCCCUGGGUUGUGGUUCUCGAAGAGGAGGUUAACGCUGUCGAACAUGUGGUACAGGAAGUCGACGCCGCAGAGGUGGUCGAGGAUGCGCCGGUGGCGACGGUGGGGAUCGACCCCGCUGCCGACCUUCAGGUGCUCCCUCGAGAAGCCUUCGGUAUAGCGCUACGCUUCGCGGCGCUUGUAGCGGUACAGACUAUGGUUGCGGUCUGGUUUUUGGGCGGCGUCGGAGGCGAGGAGGGGAACGGCUCUGGCAACCGGAAAGUCGAGGAAGGCAGGGUUGGGAGUGCAGCGAGCCAAGUAGCGGAGUUUCAGAAGAUCCUGGAGAUUAGAGCGAUGGCUAAGGAGGCGAGGGAGACUGAAAGGAGGGAGCUUUCCGAAGACAGUGGAGUCCAGGGCGAGUUAAGCAAAAAGAUUAGUAGUUUGAGAAAGAGAUCUCCGAAGGUCAUCUUGGACGAGAAUGGAUUUUCUGUGUCUCUGCCGCUGCCCUCCAAGAAUGUGGAUGAGGAAAUGGAUGGAAAGAAGCUCAAAUCCAAGCAGAACACGGAUAUAAAAAAAUUGAACUACAAGAGAAAGGGUGGUUUUUUGAAAUCCAUAAGGAAAUCUGAAAAUAUUCCGAAAGGAUUUGGUGGAUCGGGAAAAAAGCAAGAGCCUGGCAAAGGAAGCAACGGUGGUGUUCACCAGAUUGCUGAAGAAGCUGCAUGGCAUCAUGAACAAGCCAACACCCAUGCUUCUGAGAUGGCCCAAAGCAUGCAUGAUAUCAUGGAUGAUGUGGCUGUCUCAGGUCAAGAGGCAGUUAGACAAGUUAGUAAAGGAACCAAUUCCACCAAUGACAUUGCUGAGACCUUCCGAAAGAAUAAGAAAAGUUCCAAAGAAAUUACUAGAAUAAGUUCCUUGGAGACUGCGAAAGUUGAUAAACCAAGGCGCAAUUUACAUGCUGAAAGGAUUGAUGACAGAUCAUUUGUCAAUAAAGACAAACAAAACCAGUUGAAUUUUUUAAACAAUCCUUGGUGGCUAAAACUGCCAUAUGUUCUAGGUAUUCUUCUUCGGAGAGGAUCUAAUGGUAGGGGCCCUGAAGGGCUUUAUUCUUUGGAGGCAAAUCCCUCAUUAGGUGAGGAAAGUGCUUCUUAUACCAUUGUGUUCCAAGAUCGUGGUGAUGCUAUGAAUUUCUGCUUCUUAUUGGAGUCCUUUUUUGAAGAUCUGGGAGAUGUUAGUGCUGAUGUGGUUCCACUGACAAUCCAACAAAGAGUCAAUUUGUAUUAUCCAUAUCCAGUGAAGAUCUAAAUAGACAAAAAGGUAUUGUUUUCAAUUUAUAGUUCUAGUAGAGUUAUGCUGUUUUAUCCUUCUUCGCUUCAUGAUCUUUAACUAACUUCCUUUGCUCUUAAGUCCAUUGUGUGCUACUAAUGCUCCCCUUCAAGGAAAAUGAUACUUGAGAGAUUUGUUCCUGAGGUAUCUCUUCAUCAAAAAUUCAUUUCAUUUAUCCGAUUUAUGUCGAUUUGAUUGUAUGAUGAUAUGAGGCCACAGGGAUUUUUGCUAUGAUAAUUAUGUUUUGUUUCAUAAUGGCUCGUGAUGUAGUCUACAUUUUCUAGUUCUAGUCCAUGUAACAAGUUGGUAUGUAGAUAAUAUUUUUUAUACUUAUAACUCAACCAGGAGGAUUAAGAGUAUUAGAGUUAAUAGGUUAUUAGGAACAAUGUUUGGUACCAUAUUAGUAAUUUUAGAGUUAGGAUUAAUGAUUAUUUCAUAUACAAUAUUUCUUUUCCCAAACUUAACAGUUCAACUAAUUCACUGAUGCAACAAAAAUUUAUUCUUAGUGGUUGUAUAAGAUUUACCCAUCUUUGUAGCCGUAUCUUAAAAGUUGACAAUGCACAAAGCAAUUUUUUUAAUGCUAAUAAAUGUAGCUGAACUAUGAAUUAUUUUCUCAGAAAUGCAUGAUAUUGAAUCAAGAU